UUGGGUCACUGGAGCAGGUCGUGUGUAUCCAAUAGAACUUUCAGUGUGUUGUGACAUACCAGCAAAGGAUAAACUUAUAGAAAGUCGUGUUAGUAUGUACACGUCUGUUUCGUGUGGCUCCAUUGAUUUGCGAUUUGCUGUUAGAUCUGUAUCGUUCAAUGCAUAAAGAUGUCUUUAGACAGUAAAGAAGCACAGUGCCAAUACAUGGCACAGCAGAUAAGUUUCCUAAGACAAGCACAGAGUGACUGGACGUCUGGACUCGCGGACUAUACCAACAAGAUCAUUCAUGAGAUUGAGACUUGGAUACACAACUCCACACCGAGCACAACAUUUGUGGAAAUAGCGCAGCUGGCACAGAGGGCAGUUAUUUUUAUAACAGACAAACAGGCAACUCUGUCAAAUAACCAAGAACCAAACAGUUCAAGGAAUGCAGCUGAGACACUGUCAGACAAAACAAACUACAAAAAUUUUGUGAAUUUACAAUCAAGGGUUGAAAGUUUAGAAGAAAUCGUGUCGUCAAUCAGGACAGCAAUCAAAACAGGUACUAUCAGACGAGAAAAUGAAAAUAGUGACUCGGAAAACCAAGCAAAACAAAACAAGGAUUUAAAAGCCAUGGAACUGCUCAUAACUACGACCGAUCAAAAACUUUCAAGCAAUCUGCAGAAUUUAGAAGAUACGCUCCAGCGUCAAAACACUCAGUUGAGUAGCCAGUUGGAAAGACUUGAAUCAGAUUUUUCGCAAUAUAAAUGUAAAGAACUCAAAGAUGGUCAAGACCAUUGGACAAAGCUGACGAAUCUAGAAACUAAGUACACACUCCUGAAUCAGCUGAUGCUCAAGAAAAUUACUUCGUUAGAACAUUUAAAAAACUGUUUGAAUCUGAAACUGGGACAAAAAGAGGAUUGUCAAAAUCAAGUGAAGUUCGAUCAACUGAAGACAGACUUCGACACAGUCUCGAGAAGUGUGUCAGAAUUAAAGAGUGCGCAUGAUGCCCUGAGUACAAAGAUCGCUGAGACUUGGCCCCCUCAUCCACACAUGCCCCCGCCCUUCAUGCCCCCACCUCCUCCUCACCCGUUCCACCACGAUCAUCACCACCGCCGGCAUCACCACCGCCACUGCUGAUGCCAACGACGAUCACACACAAAUAUUGAGUUGACGAAAGAUUAGCCCAGAUGCUGUUACAGUUCUUCCUGUUGGAUGUGACAAUGGAACGUAGCUACCUUGGAACAAAAAAAAAAAGAAAUACGAACUUUUGUAGCAAUUCUUACGCGAAGACUGAUUGAAAACUGAUUAUUUCAUCAGGCUUACAUCUAGACACUGCAACAGAAUAAUUAUAUAUAGAGCCACAUCUAGACGCUGAAACAGAAUAGUUAUAUAUAUAUAUAGCCACAUCUAGACGCUGCAACAGAAUAGUUAUAUAUAUAGCCACAUCUAGACGCUGCAACAGAAUAGUUAUAUAUAUAUAGCCACAUCUAGAUGCUGCAACAGAAUAGUUAUAUAUAUAUAGCCACAUCUAGAUGCUGCAACAGAAUAGUUAUAUAUAUAGCCACAUCUAGACGCUGCAACAGAA